CUGGCCAAGCGCAAUGGAAGGGAACCCGGAAGUGGUGCGAUCUCAGGUUAGGGUGUCGGAUCCUCCGGACUGGGGCGGAGGCGUGGUCCCCUGCUGUUUCUGCUAGAAUCUUGGGCUGGACCGAUCAGCCAGGAUGAGCCAGGGCGCGGAACCAGCUGGGUAUCAGCGACCAGGCAGAUCGAGACCACCGAUGGACAAGAACCCCCCUGACAGCACAGGCCCAGUGCACGUACCUUUUGGGCACAUUGUGGCCAAUGAAAAAUGGCGUGGGUCACAGCUGGCGCUAGAAAUGCAAGGAAAAAUUAAACUCGUUUUUGAAGACGGCCUGACAGUGGUAGAUUUUUACCUGUCCAGCAGAUCUUGCAUUCUCUAUAUCACGGAAGCUGAUUUAGUGGCGGGAAAUGGCUACAGAAAGAGACUUGUUCGGGUUAGAAAUUCCAGUAAUCUUCAAGGGAUUGUAGUAGUUGAAAAGACACAGAUGAGUGAACAGUACUUCCCAGCCAUACAGAAGUUUACUGUGCUGGACCUUGGGAUGGUGUUGCUUCCAGUGGCCAACCAGACGGAAGCAUCCUGCCUCAUCAUCCAGUUAGUCCAAGAGCAAACCAAAGAGCCCAGGAAGAACCCUUUCCUCAGGAAGAAAAGGGCUGUGCUCUCUGAGCCAUUUCUUCUACGAACUGUGCAGCAGAUCCCAGGAGUUGGGAAAGUUAAAGCUCCUCUUCUGCUCCAGAAGUUUCCAAGUAUCCAGCAACUGAGUAACGCUUCCAUCCAAGAACUUGAGUCGGUAGUUGGACAGGUAGUAGCACAGCAAAUCCAUGCCUUCUUCACCCAGUCCAGAUGACUGCUGGCCUCAUGUCUAUGUUUUCUCUUAAACCACCAACUACAAGAUCUGGUUUUCAUAUGUAAAAAGCAAGAAAAAGUUUCUUUGCACAGUAUCUUGUGAAACACAAGGAGAAGCCUAAUGGAGACUGAAGUACACUGCUUUGCUCUCUCGGUUUGAUGAGACUUUCGUUCUAAGCAACAAUCUACUUAAGCCAAGAUUUUUGCAGGUGACCUUGACCUUCAUCUGCCAUGAGAAGGUUCUGUAAAGUUCAGGGGCAGGAUGUCACCAUCUAAAGGAAAUGGCCUACAGUGAAGCACUGUGUACUAUGGCCCUUGGUCCUGGUGGCAAACUGCUGCUCUUCAGGUCUGGUCUGCAUAUGCUGUGCUCUGAGGGCACAGCUGCCAAAGUAAACAAACACAUGUAUAACAGUCCCUUCCUUUGUGCUUUCAUUCCUGCCUUCCUGUUUUUUUGGAGGGAAGUGACAGCCACAUAGUCUGCUUGUAACUACUGGGCGUGUCUUCUGAACACAGAAAGCCUAAGAUUUGAAAUUCCCCAUGUAAAGACGAAAUCAGUGCAUGACAAAGAUGUCUGUGUAUGUGUGGAUCAAUAAAAGAUACACCAGAAAA